GGAAACCGAGUCCAGUGUGGUUGCAGUGGUUAGUUAUGCUUUGAGUUAUUGAAUAUCACAAGCAGGUUCAUAACAAUGGUAUCAUCCAGUCUUUUCUGUGCGUGCUCUGUAAUGGGGGAGUUAUCGGCUCAAUGGGCGGCGUAUACCAAGAUCAGUAAUGUAAGGAGCAACUUAUGUGCUCUUGGAAUGGAGAAACAAAGGUUGAUGUUUACUGAAAUCUCACCAGAUCGAGAGUUUAAUCUUUCAAAAACGGAGCAUCUCAUUUCGAUCACCGAGAAUGAGUUGGAAAAUCUCAUUUCAACCACAGCGGAAGAGUUGGGACCUUUCAUCACAGCUAUUGCAUCAACUCAGCCACAAUCAUCAGUAGAACAAUUAGUUGAUGCAGCUAAAGGUGUUGCUGAAAAGAAAGACGAAACUGAUUUCGAGUUGAUUAUUCCUUCUUAUUUCUUUGAAGAACAAGAUGAUUCUCUAGAUUUAGAAUUGAUUCCUUCUUUUUUCUUGGAAGAACUAGACGAAUCAGUAAAUUGUGACCCUCAGGAGGUACAACUCAUUCCCAAUUCGAAUAAUUCCAAUUGUAUUAAGGGUUCUCUCACUGAAAUCGUUUUCAGUAAAUGGAUAAGGGUCUUCAACAACCAUAACCAGCUCACAAUGAGGGUUAGUUGUUUGAAUCUUAAACUCUUGAAGGAGCUGAUGUUAAAUUACCACCAGCUAAGUGGUAAGAAUCGUUUUACUCUUCUCCUUGCUAAUACUAGAAUGUACUUCGAUCGUGGAAAAGGAUUUCAACUCAUUAAGGGGAAUUCAUAUUUUUCUGAUAAGUAUAGUUUAUGUUCUUAUAAGGUUAAUUCGGAUUUAUUUAUACUUCUUAUGGAUUUUUUUGAUUUUAUUGGUGAUUAUGCAUUGUGUUUUUAUGUCACUGCUUCUGGCUCUCUUGUACUCGCUGUUUGUUCCCUUUUAAUGGCUUACUACAAGGAGAAUUUUAUGCAUAUGCUCGUCAUUAAACAUGGGUAUGCCUCAUAUUCCUUGUUUCCUAAUUCAGUUGUACUGAUGUUUCUUCAAAAGAGUGACUAUGGUGAUAGUGGUAAGCUGCUUGUCAAAAUGUCACAGAGAAACAUUAUAUUCGAAAAUACUUUAUACUCUCUCGUGGAUAAAUAUUAUCUGGAAUAUGUUAAUGAGCUUAUUGGCCAACAUGGGUACCCAUCAGCUUUGUUUUUUGAGGGAUCAAUUGUCGUUGUGCUGGCGAAAGAGGUCGAAAAGGGUGAUGGUUGCCAGUUGUUGGCUCAAAAUCUACAUCAAGAAGAUGGUGUUGGGGUGGUGGCACACGGUUUCUAUUCUUGCUGCUAAAGUAUGGUUUGCAUGAAGGGAUUGCAGUCCUAUACCUUGGCUCAGGAAAUAUUUUUCGGGUUAAAUUGAAGAGU